GUCUGGCGCGGUGGAGCCAGCCUGGCGCGCGCUAGGAGCCUAUUGGCUGGCGUGGGCCGGUUCACCGCCCGGAUUGGCCGGAGCCACGCCCCCUGGAGUUCGUCUGGGAGCUGGGCGCUGGAGAUCGCGCAGGAGUCAAUCAUGAGGAAGCCACGAGCAGCUGUGGGAAGUCGAAGUCGUUGCAGGAAGCAGGCAUCCAGCCAGGAGGGAAGGGAGAAACGUGCCCUCAGCAGCAGCCAGGCCAAGCUGUCUGCACCUGACGGCCUGGCCAGGCAGCAGGAGGAGGUGAGAUUGCAGGCCCCUGUCUCCCCGUACCAUCUAUUCAGAGACACAGCUGAGGUGACAGUCUUCCGAAAGAGGCUGCUGAGCUGGUAUGACCGAGAGAAGCGGGACCUGCCCUGGAGAAGGCGGGUGGAGGGUGAGGUGGACCUAGACAGGCGGGCAUAUGCUGUGUGGGUCUCAGAGGUCAUGCUGCAGCAGACCCAGGUUGCCACGGUGAUCGACUAUUAUACCCGAUGGAUGCAGAAGUGGCCAACGCUGCAGGACCUGGCCCGUGCUUCCCUGGAGGAGGUAAACCAGCUCUGGGCUGGCCUGGGCUAUUACUCUCGAGGCCGGCGGCUACAGGAAGGAGCCCGGAAGGUGGUAGAGGAGCUAGGGGGCCACAUGCCACGUACAGCAGAGACCCUGCAGUGGCUCCUGCCUGGUGUGGGGCGGUACACAGCCAGAGCCAUUGCUUCCAUUGCCUUUGGCCAGGCAACCGGUGUGGUGGAUGGGAACGUAGUACGGGUGCUAUGCCGUGUCCGAGCCAUUGGUGCUGAUCCCAGCAGCACCCUUGUUUCCCAGCAGCUCUGGAGCUUAGCCCAGCAGCUGGUGGAGCCAGCCCGGCCAGGGGACUUUAAUCAAGCAGCCAUGGAGCUGGGGGCCACAGUGUGCACCCCGCAGCGCCCGCUCUGCAGCCAGUGCCCUGUGCAGAGCCUGUGCCGGGCACGCCAGAGGGUGGAGCGGGAGCAGCUCUCAGCAUCACGGAGCCCGCCAGGCAGUCGUGACGUGGAGGAAUGUGCUCCCAACACUGGACAGUGCCAGCUGUGUGCGCCUCCCACAGAGCCCUGGGACCAGACCCUGGGAGUGGCCAACUUUCCCAGAAAGGUCAGUCGCAGGCCCCCCAGGGAGGAGUGCUCUGCCACCUGUGUUCUGGAGCAGCCCAGGGCCCUUGGGGGUGCCCGAAUUCUGCUGGUGCAGAGGCCCAACUCAGGUCUGCUGGCAGGACUGUGGGAGUUCCCAUCUGUGACCGCAGAGCCCUCAGGGCAGCACCAGCGCAAGGCCCUGCUGCGGGAACUGCAGAGUUGGGUUGGACCUGUCCCGGCCACCUGCCUUCGGCACCUGGGACAGGUGGUCCACACCUUCUCUCACAUCAAGCUGACAUACCAAGUAUAUGGUCUGGCCCUGGAAGAGCAGACCCCAGUGACCGUUGUACCACCUGGAGCUCGCUGGCUGACCCGGGAGGAGUUUCACACUGCUGCUGUCUCCACCGCCAUGAAAAAGGUGUUCCGUGUAUACGAGGGCCAACAGCCAGGGACCUGCAAGGGUUCCAAAAGAUCCCAGGUGUCCACCCUGUCCGGAUGGAAAAAGCCCAGCGCAGGCCAGCAAGUCCUGGAUAGUUUCUUUCGGCCCCACAUCCCUGCUGAUGCACCCAGCCUCAACAGUGCAACACAGUGAUGCCUCUGGAAGCCCCCCCACCCCCGAGAAUCCUGUUUAAUAAAAUGCUGAUUUUUGUAGU